AUGUUUCCGCCGUUGUCUUUAGGGUUGAACACCGAAUCUGGUGGGUCUUCUUCAUUUCCUACUGUAGAUAACAUAGAGGACAUGAUGAUUGAGUGUAUACUCCUAAUCUGUGAAAGUGUUUUGCCAGGCAAUCGUGCCCGGUACUUGGUUAUGUCGGAGAGUGCCACUGUCCACUGUUUCUCCUUUGUUCAAGCUUUAAGUUCGUUGAACCCUGACGUCUUGAGUUAUGGUUAUGAUUAUGGUCUUCAUUAUGUGGAAAGACAUCGGCCGGCCUAUGCCUCGCAACAUUUAUCUGGUAUUUACUAUGACAACUUUCCAUUGAUUAGGUACGAGACUGGUCUCCCAGAUUUUGUUGAAAAGCAAAUUCCGGAUGAAUACCGUCUUCGCCAGGAGACUUCUUGCACUCUAGCUGUUUAUCGCAGCAUUAAGUUCGCAAGGUCGGAAUGGUUCAAAACUCUGGAUGAAUACCGUCUCCGCCAGGAGACUUCUUGCACUUUAGCUGUUUUAUCGCAUCAUUAA